AUGGCAGACUUGCAAAAGAACUUCACAGAUUGCCCUACGGCCAAAAAGGCCGUCCACCAGCUGAACUCCGACCUCCAAACCUUGGACACGCAGUACAACAUGCUGGGAGAUCUUGCUGCGAAGGGUGAAAGGGAUGAUCACAAUCCUGAGUGCACCAAAGUAUCGCAAAGUGAAGCCAAGAUUCGGACUGCAAAAAAGCACUUCAAGAAGGUGGAAAAGGACAUUCCUGCGAAGGAAAAUUUACCACUAGAAGGUGAUCACUCUGAGAAAGAACCACAAACCAGUGAGUUGAAACUUCAUUCGGUUUUUGAGGACCACUACAUGCAAUAUGAUGAUUUGAGAAAUCUGCCACGGUCAAUGGAUGUUUUUCGGAAAAUUGAAAAAGACCCUGUCCUAUGGUUACAGCUUCCGAGACCAGCAGCAACGGCAGGGAGAGUGUUGGAACAUUCAAUCAACACGUUUCAACGGCUGUAUUCCGCCAACAAACCCAUGACGUUCAAGUUCGGCCUGACACACGAUGCUUCUGUUCGCUUUCACAACCGUCGUUUUGGAUAUGUCACUUCAAAGGAUCCAUUUGACUAUAUGUUGGUUCUUUACGCGACCUCGAACUCACAUGGGGCUGCUUUUCUUGAAGCAGCCAGCAGCAUCAGCCAGAUCUUGACUGCACAGGCCGUGGCCGCUGAUUUUGGAGAGGAAGAAUCUGCUAAACGAGGAAUUUCACAAUGGGCCAAAGCUGAUGUAACACACCCAGAACGGGAUGCCCACCGGAUCAUGAAGAAACAGAAAACAAAAUUGGACAUACCUAUGGGUACCAUACAAUGUGAUGGCCACCAGGUUCCUUGGAUAUCUCCUGAGUCGUGGCUAAAGUACUUGAUAGACAAAGGCCUGUGGCCACGCCUGGCUGGCUGUGAGUCUUUUGACUAUGCUGGUUCGCGUGAGAAUUGGACGACAUUCUGGGAGAAAUAUGAAAAGAUCAACCCUGGUUUCGAGCUUUUCCAAAUGGAAGGAAUAGACCUUUCAAGGACUGCUGCCUGUUUCAUUCAUGGUGACGAAGGUCGCACUUUGAAAAAGGGAGGAAUGCUUGUCACUUCUUUGCAAUCUGCUCUUGGACGUGGCUAUGAUCAGAAGCGGGUUAGAGUCAGGGGCCCAAAUGACCGUCAACUUCAGGCGAACUUUGCUGGGCAUAGCUUUACGACAAGGUUUGUUGUCAGCACCAUCCCGAAGACUGCUUACGAGUCCCAGCCAGAAGUUUUCCAUGCUGCUAUCGAGCAUGUGGCCAAGUCAUGCAGCAGGUUGCUUCAGAGUGGGUACGUGGACAAAGCCAGGAAUGGCGAGCUGUUUCGGAUCGUGAUUUUGGGGGUGAAAGGCGAUGCUCCAUACCUGUCGAAGGUGGCUCAUUUCUACAGAUCCUACAACACUGUUGCUAAACGGGGUGAAGAAAGAGGUGCACCUAAAGGUUGUUGCCCAUAUUGCCUUGCAGGUACUACUUUGUGUGCUGCUGAGGAGAUAGGUACAUCAACACCAAGAUGGUUGAGUACAGUUGCUGUGAAGCUUCCAUGGACCCGGGAGCCAUCCAUCAUCAAGUACUUGAUGCACGAUCGAGCUGAUCCCGCUUCAUUCUUCAAGUCGGACAUUUGGCACGUUUUCCAUUUGGGUUUUGGGCGCUCCUGGGUUUGCAGUGUUAUCCAGCUGCUCCUACCAUUUCUGCCUUGUUCGAAUCUGGAACAAAAAUGGGACUAUUUGACUGAUCACUACAUGAGAUGGUGUCGUGCCAACAGCAAACAAUCUCACAUCAGCAAAGUCAGUGCCUACCUGGUAUCUUAUGGUGAUGCAGGUGGUGCAAUGGGCAAUUGGCAUAAAGGAGCCCUAACGACAAAUUUUUGUCAAUGGAUCGUGGAUCUACUGGGCUCAGAAGGUCGUGAUCCGGAUGGGUUGCUGGUGAAAUGUCGAGAGGCUACGUUUCGAGUCAACUCUUUGUUCAGUAUGCUGUACAAAGCAGGCGCGUUUCUGGGGGAAUCUGAAUGCGCGCAUGUUGCUGAACAAGGUCUACGCUUUUUAGCAGUCUACGCAGAACUUGCGUUGAAAAUGUACAGAGCCAAUCGGCAAUAUCUGUUUCCGUUAUACCCAAAGCUUCAUAUAUGGCACCAUUUGGUUUUGGCUGUGAAACAGUCUGGGGAGCGCAAUCAAAGCGCAAUCAACCCCACAAUGUGGGGAUGCCAAAUGGAAGAAGACACAGUGGGCAGAGCCUCGAGGCUCAGCCGUCGAGUAAAUAUUCGACGGGUGGCCUCGAGAACUUUAGAAAGAUACUUAGUGUCAGCCUACACGGCAUUCUCAAAAGCUGGGCUGUUGUCUUAG